CCCAGCUUCCCGGAAGUGGGCGGGCUGGUGCACACGCGCCGUGGGUGCAAAGCACGCCGGGAGUUGUAGUUCCGUCAUCGGACGGAAGCCGGGCGGACGAGCAGCGGGAUGUGGCCCGGAAUAUUGGUCGGGGGGACCCGGGUGGCGACAGGCAGGUGCCCCGCGUUGGGACCUCGCCUCGCCUCCCGCCUUUCCCCUCAGCGGACGCCCAAGACUGGCCUGGUCCUGCAGCGGAGCCUGCACGCUACGGCGGCCCGCGCCAUCCCGCUCAUUCCCAUCGUGGUGGAGCAGACGGGUCGCGGCGAGCGCGCCUAUGACAUCUACUCGCGGCUGCUGCGGGAACGCAUCGUGUGUGUCAUGGGUCCGAUCGAUGAUGGCGUGGCCAGCCUGGUUAUCGCACAGCUGCUGUUCCUGCAGUCCGAAAGCAACAAGAAGCCCAUCCACAUGUACAUCAACAGCCCUGGUGGCAUGGUGACCUCGGGCCUGGCCAUCUACGACACAAUGCAGUACAUCCUGAACCCCAUUUGCACGUGGUGCGUGGGCCAGGCCGCCAGCAUGGGCUCCCUGCUUCUCGCUGCUGGCACCCCAGGCAUGCGCCACUCGCUCCCCAACUCACGCAUCAUGAUCCACCAGCCGUCCGGGGGUGCCCGGGGCCAAGCCACAGACAUCGCCAUUCAGGCAGAAGAGAUCAUGAAACUCAAGAAGCAGCUCUACAGCAUCUAUGCCAAACACACCAAGCAGAGCCUGCAGGUGAUCGAGUCGGCCAUGGAGAGAGAUCGCUACAUGAGCCCCAUGGAGGCCCAGGAGUUUGGCAUCUUAGACAAGGUUCUGGUGCACCCACCGCAGGACGGUGAGGACGAGCCUGAGCUGGUGCAGAAGGAGCCCGUGGUGACGGCGGCAACGACAGCAGAACCUGCCCCAGCGAGCACCUGACUGCUCCUCACCUUCUGGAAGAAAGUGAGGGGUCAGGUGCAGGGGCUGCAACCCCUCCCCCGCUCACUGCUGAGCCUGGACGGGCCCUCGAGGACCUCUGGAUUUGGGGGUGCCCCUAAGGGCGGGUAUCUUGGAUGCGACACUGUGAUUUUAAAUUAAAUCUUUGUAGUCUUUGCCCCCC